CGUGGGUCAACAUUUGUUGACUUAUGUUCUGUUUGGUUUGUUUGUUCUUAUUCUUGUCUGAAACUUAACCCCAAAAAAAAAAAAGAACAGAAGAUCUUGUUCAUUCUUGUCUGAACACAUUUACAACUGCCCCCAAUAAGUUAUAAUUUAUAAACUACUCGUGAGUCCCUGUCUACCUUUUGAUCUUCAUCUCCCUACCAAACCCAUCUCUGAUUUCCUUUGCCUUCACUCUAUUCUACAAUAAUACUCUGCAACUCAAGCUCACUGAGCUCAGAUUUUGUUUUUUUUAGAGAGUUGGGUUUUGGAGCAAAGUGUGAAAACACUGGUAUGUUUGGUCUUUAGAGGAUCAGAUUUCAGCUUUAUACUUCUUCUUGGCAUGGAACUGAAGAAGGAAAAGCUAGUCAGGUUUUAUUCUGAUGGGAAAAAAAAUAACGAGUCUUCAUGGGGAUUGGGAAGAACUGAACCAUCACAGCUAGAAAGGUCAUCAUCUGCAUAUAAGGUUCCACCAUCUUCAUUGCUAAGACCUGAUAGUGGGAUGGUCGGGGGAAGAAAUAGAUAUAAUGAAACUUUCAGAAAUGGGAAUUUUAAGGUGUUUCCAGAGGAUCACGAGCCGUGGCGUAAGAGAAUUCUUGACCCGGGUAGCAAGAUUGUGCUGCAAUGGAACCGGGUUUUCAUUUUUUCAUGCUUAGUGGCGCUUUUUGUUGAUCCAUUAUAUUUUUUCUUGCCCUCUCUUGGAGGAAAUACUGACUCUUCAUGCGUGAAGACAGACUUCCAUUUGCGAAUUAUCGUGACCUGUUUCCGAACUGUUGCAGAUAUAUUUUAUUUGUUGCAUGUGAUUAUAAAAUUCAGGACUGCUUAUGUUGCACCUAGCUCCCGAGUGUUUGGGAGGGGUGAACUUGUCAUGGAUCCAAAGAAGAUUGCACGGAGGUAUAUUAGAUCGGACUUCUUUAUUGAUCUCAUUGCCACACUGCCCCUUCCUCAGAUGGUCAUCUGGUUUAUUAUACCGGCAACAAGAAGGUCCCAACUUGAUCAAAAGAACAAUGCCCUUGCACUAAUUGUUCUGCUUCAAUAUGUACCAAGAUUAUAUCUGAUUUUUCCAUUAAGUUCGCAAAUAAUUAAGGCAACCGGAGUGGUCACUAAGACUGCCUGGGCAGGGGCUGCAUAUAAUCUACUGUUGUACAUGCUGGCUAGCCAUGUUUUAGGGGCAGCAUGGUAUUUGCUAUCGAUUGACCGGUAUUCCUCAUGUUGGAAAAAGUAUUGUAAAGAGGAAUCUAAUUCUACAAUUUGCAGGCUGAAUUAUUUUGAUUGUGAUAACCUUAUUGAUCGCAAGAUAUGGGAAAGUACUACAAAUGUGUUUAAGAGCUGUAAUGCAGAUGAUAAUAAUGAGUUCAACUAUGGCUUAUUUCAAAAUGCAGUUACGAAAAAUGUUCUUUUCUCAAAUUUCAUUGAAAAGUACUUCUAUUGUUUAUGGUGGGGCUUACAAAAUCUAAGUUCAUAUGGGCAGAAUUUGUCCACAAGCACUUUUAUUGGAGAGACAUCAUUUGCUAUUCUUAUUGCCAUCCUGGGUCUUGUCUUAUUUGCCCAUUUGAUUGGGAAUAUGCAGACGUACUUGCAAUCUCUCACUGUGAGGCUAGAGGAAUGGAGACUCAAGCGAAGAGACACUGAGGAGUGGAUGAGGCACCGCCAACUCCCUGAAGAUUUGAGACAACGCGUUCGAUGUUUUGUUCAAUAUAAGUGGCUUGCAACUCGAGGAGUUGAUGAAGAAGCCAUCCUCCGUGGCUUACCUGCUGAUCUUCGCCGUGAUAUCCAGUGCCACCUAUGCUUGGACCUUGUUCGUCGUGUUCCCUUCUUCUCACAGAUGGAUGAUCAGCUGCUUGAUGCAAUAUGUGAGCGUCUAGUAUCCUCCCUAAGCACUGCAGGGACCUACAUUGUUCGUGAGGGUGACCCUGUGACAGAGAUGCUUUUUAUUAUCAGAGGUAGACUGGACAGUUCUACAACCAAUGGAGGGCGAACUGGUUUCUUCAACUCAAUUAUAUUGAGACCUGGAGAUUUUUGUGGGGAGGAACUACUUGCAUGGGCAUUGCUUCCCAAAUCUACAGUGAACUUGCCAUCUUCAACUAGAACAGUCAGAGCACUGAAUGAAGUUGAAGGUUUUGCACUGCGAGCUGAAGAUCUCAGAUUUGUGGCCAAUCAAUUCAGACGCCUCCACAGCAAGAAGCUGCAGCACACCUUCCGAUUUUAUUCUCACCAUUGGAGGACUUGGGCAGCCUGCUUCAUACAGGCUGCUUGGCAUCGGUACAAGAGGAGGAUGACUGCAAAAGAUCUCAGCAUGAGGGAAUCCUCUGCGUUGAGUGAGAAAGAAGCCAAUGAGAAGGAAGAGGAACAUUUUUCUCCUGGUUCAAAUCCUUCUCAGGCAAAACUCAACCUUGGGGUCACAAUACUGGCUUCAAGGUUUGCUGCGAACACAAGGAGAGGGGCUCAUAGGUUAAAAGAUGAGAUGCCUAAGUUACCAAAACCUGAAGAGCCUGACUUUUCCACUGAACCUGAUGAUGAAUAGUUGCUUGCAUCAGGCUAGUGGUAUACAGGAAGCUUUGUCUGACAAGGCGAAACCCAUAGAAAAUACACAUCAGGAUCCUUACAUUUUGAAUAUGGUAUUCCACAUCUUUACUGGAAUGCUCAUAUGAUGCUUCUUGAAGUUCCCAUGCUUACUUAUUGACGCCUUUAGGGUCGCUGAAAAUAUUGGUUUUUUGGUAAUGUGGGUCUUCAAAAGAUUGUAGUUUGUGAAUUGAAGUACAUGUGUAAUAAUGUUGUGUCUUAUAUGUUUACUUGAUCAGGGUGAUGGCUCAUUCAAACUAUUUAGUAAUAGUAGGGUACUUUUAACUGUAA